AUGGCGCCUCCAAGAACAUCUGUGCAUGAACAUCAGUUGACUUUGGCGGGAAGGCGUGCUGCUCGCCGCGAAGACUCCUCGCAGGCAGCUUCUUGCACCCGAAGCGGUGCCACGUGGAGGCGGCUCCACGUCUUUUCUGCCCUCGCGUACGCUGCCUCGGCCGUCCGCGAGUUCCUCCAUCUGAGGAUAGUGCGAGGGCCGAUCUCGGCCCCCCUCUUUGCCACGAGGACAGCGAGUCCUUCGUGGCACAGGCGAGAGCGGCGACAGCGCCGCAAGCUGCGGAAGAAAGCCAAGCAAGGGCGAGCGACCCGCGCAGAGUUGCGCCUGCUUGCCCACCACCACGGGACUAUGCCACCGAAAGCGAAGCCGGAUGCCAAGGCUUCGGCGAAGGGGAGAGGGAAAGGCCAGGAGGCCUCGGCACAGGCUUCUCGCAUAGAUUUUGGGUUGCCGGCAGCAAUGAUGACGGCUCUUCAGGCAAUUACAGCCAGAUCUACGCAGGAUCUGUGGUCGUCCCCUGCAGCUGUCGCCAUCGACAUGUCGGUCGAACAGCAGAUCUCCAAGGCGGCGACGGCAUCCCACAAACUAUCAAAGCGAAUCGCGGGAGACGUCAAGGCCAAAGACGAGCUCAGCAAGGCACUUUCAGAGUGGACAAGUGCCAUUGGACUACACCUUGUCGGUUUGGUCCAACGAGUGCAAGCUCUGAGCGCGAAGGUAGACGAGGACCUUAUACAGGCCUGCCAGGAAAUGCGCCAGAACCUGACCGACCUCCCGUCUUCGACUACAGAAGAGCGGAUCGCGCAGGCUUCUCAACGGCUUGGGCCCAUUUGGCCGGAGGCCCAGUCGAACGAGAUCCUUCGGAUUGCUGCAUCACUCCGAGCUUUCAGCAUGGUACAGAGCCAAAUGGUGCUGCCUGGGAUCUCGGCUCCUUUGGGUUCCGGGGUCUCGCAGAUGGGGGCACCCUCUCCUGGAUUCAGCCCUGGCCCUCCGAGCUUGGCUCCUGCAGUUCUCGGCGGCAGCAGCGCCUUCGGUGCUCUUUCCACUGGUGCAGGCCAAGACACUGGAGCUUUUGGGCUGCAAGGCUUCGGCGGGCGGGAACAUGGUGGCACACCCAUGUUAGGUGGUGCUGCUCCAGAUGCAGGCGACCUCGUCCGGCACCGUCGCUGGAAACGGGGAGGAGCGGCCGUCCCUCAUCGUCCCAGCAAGAGCCCUCGCCGCGAGGAGACCGUCGAUGUCCUCGUUGGCCCGGCUCCGACCCUGUCUGCGGGCCCAUGGUGCAUGGAAGCCACCGGUCGCUCUCCAGAUGCAACCCGCCGUCCAUCUACCACCACCUUUUCGGACGAUGCGGAGCUGAUACCCGACGGGGGCGGCGAGAGGGUUGGCGAUGGCCCAGUGUCCUGGCGUACCGCUUGGCUACAGGCGGUGGCCUAUGUUGUCGCCAACGGUGGCGAUCCUAUUGGGGAACUCGACACUUCUCCAGAACAAGACGCCGUGUGGCCACUCCAGACCGACGACACGGCGAUCGAGGACGUCCAGGCAGAAGCAGCGACUUUCUGGAAAACGCUGGGGGUGUUCAUGCAGCAGGCCCAGGACGAACAGUUCCCUGGGAUGGUGACAUCUUGUCAGGAACUGCUGCAGCGCCUGCGACUCUGCCCGGGCUCCUUACCAGGCAUACAGCAGGGUGUUCUGGUAGCAAUCCAUGUGACUCUGGGGAAUAUCCUGGACUUUCAACAGUAUGGUCCGGCUACCGCGCAGGAGUGGCUGUACCCUUCUCUUCUCCUGGAGCACGGGUGCGAGUGUCGGGGGAUGAUUCCACGCCAGAUGUCAGACGCGAUGAGGCCACUCCUGAGCAUCCCAUGCCCAUAUUUGGUGACACCGUCAUUGGCGGAGGACUUCGGCGAGAUCUGA